AUGUUUUUUUAUUCACCAAAUCUACCAUAUCCGUUCCGCCGUGCAACCUUACCACCGUCGGCUGCACAGCUCCACGGAGCAGCAGCUGCACCGGCUGAUGAAUCACAGUUGUCGCCGAGAAGUUCUGCCUAUAUACCGGCUGCAUAUUCUGGGCAACCGGCUUCGGCAACCAGCGGUACAGUGGAAUUGCUGGACGAUGAAUCCGACAGUCGACACGGUCCAUCGUCAUCCUUUCCAUUUGAAACAAUUGAUUCAACUGCAACUGCACCGCUGUCAUCAUCGGACGCCCGUAGUUCGGUGAAAUCUAGUGGUAAACUGAUUUACAAACGGCCAACAGUAACCAUUCAAGACAGUGGUAGAAUCUUACUAGGUAAUAAUCAGUAA